AGUAGUACCGCGGAGAAGGCGAUUGUGGUAUCACUAUUGAGGUACUAGAUCACUGCCCGUCGGUUGGCCGAAGUUAGUCUACUUCUUAGGAUGAAUCGUAGGGCCACCACGCUUGUGCUGGUGGCCGCCCUGGCGCUAAGCGCUUUUCCAGCAUGCUUUGCCGACACCAGCAUUGAUGCAACUGCGGCACCGAAGGUUGACAAUGGAGUCUCGUCGGGUCACGCCACGACCACAGAUGCGACCUCCAUCCAUAGGGAGAAGGAGAGCAUGUCGAACACUGCUAACCGCCUGCGCUCGGGCGCGGAGCAGUUUGCAUUCCAGGCGGAGGUGUCACGUCUGAUGGACAUUAUUAUCAACUCCCUGUACUCCAAUAAGGAUAUCUUCCUUCGUGAGCUCAUCUCCAACGCGUCGGACGCCCUGGACAAGAUUCGUUUCUUGUCUUUGACGGACAAGGCGCAGUUGGGAGAGGGGGAGGCGGCCAAUUUGGAUAUCAAAAUCUGGCUGGACGCCGCCUCCAGGACGUUGAACAUUCGCGACCGGGGUAUUGGUAUGACCAAGGACGACCUGGUCAAGAACCUGGGUACCAUUGCCAAGUCAGGCACUUCAGCUUUCCUGGAGCAGAUGCAGAAGGGAGGCGACAUGAACUUAAUCGGCCAGUUCGGUGUGGGCUUCUAUUCCGUGUACCUGGUGGCCGACUACGUCGAAGUGGUUUCCAAACACAAUGACGACAAGCAGUACAUCUGGGCCAGCACAGCCGACGGUAGCUUCUCGAUUAGCGAGGACACGGAGAACGAGCCCCUGGGUCGCGGCACGCUCAUCAAGAUCCACCUGAAGGAGGAGGCGCAGGAGUACGCCAACGAGGCCAAGCUCAAGGAGCUGGUGCAGCGGUACAGCGAGUUCAUCAACUUCCCGAUCUACCUACAAGCUGAGAAGGAGGUCGAGGUGCCUGUUGAGGAGGAGGCGGAGGAAGCCAAGGAGGAGGACAAGGCGGAGGCAGAAGCCGAGGAGGAAGAGGAGGAGGAGGAGGGCGCCGAGGAUGACGAGGAGGAGACGAAGGAGGAGGCUGAGAAGCUAAAGGCAACUCGCAAGGAGAAGCGCAUGGAAUGGGAGCUUCUGAAUGACAAUAAGGCCAUUUGGCUGCGCAAGCCAUCGGAGGUCACUGAGGAGGAGUACCAGAAGUUCUACAAGGCCGUCUCCAAGGACUACUCUGAUGCUCUGGCGUAUACGCAUUUCCGUGCCGAGGGCGACGUGGAGUUCCGCUCGAUUCUAUACAUCCCGUCGUUCUCUCCGUAUGAUUUCUAUGACAAGUACUACGAGAAGGCCCAGAACGGCCUCAAGCUGUACGUGCGCCGUGUGUUUAUCAGCGAUGACAUGAAGGAGCUUAUCCCCAGGUACCUCUCCUUCGUGAAAGGUAUUGUGGACAGCGACACGCUGCCACUGAACGUGUCCCGCGAGAUGCUGCAGCAAGAGGCGGCACUUAAGACCAUUAAGAAGAAGGUGGUCCGCAAGGUCCUUGACCUCAUCAAGAAGAUGGCCGAGACCGAAGUCAAGUGCAAGGACAUGGACGAGAAGGGUGAAACCGAGGGCAAGCCGUCAGAGAAGGAUUGUGGCCAGUACGGCAAGUUCUGGGAGCAGUUUGGCCGCUCCAUCAAGCUGGGUAUUAUCGAGGACACGACCCAUCGCAACCGUCUGGCUAAGCUGCUGCGCGUGUACACCUCCAAGAGCGGUGACAAGCUGACCACCCUGGACGAGUACGUCAGCCGCAUGAAGGAGGGCCAGAAGAGCAUCUAUUACCUGGCAGGCGCCAGCAAAGAGGAGGUGGCCAGCAGCCCGCACCUUGAGCGGCUGCUCCGCAAGGGCUACGAAGUGAUUUACUUCACGGACGUGCUGGACGAGUACGUGAUGGGUCACCUGCUGGACUACGACGAUAAGAAGUUCGUCAACGCGUCGAAGGACGACCUGAAGCUGUCGGACAAAGACGAGGUGGAGAAGAAGAAGGACAAGGAGUUGAAGGAGGAGUUCAAGGACCUGACAAAGUGGUGGAAGAAGGUUAUUGAGGACUCCCGCCUGCAGACCGUCAAGGUCUCCAACCGCCUGGCAACGACCCCGUGCGUGGUGGUUUCCGGCAAGUACGGCCAAUCCGCCAACAUGGAGCGCAUUAUGCGCGCACAGGCCUUCUCACGCUCAGCCGGCUCGUUCACGCCUGGCCAGCGCGUUCUGGAGAUCAAUCCACGGCACCCAUUGAUUGUGGCACUCAAGGACAAGCUUGCCGCUGCCUCGGAGGACACAGUGGACGAGACCACCGUUGCCACUGCGCGCAUUCUGUACGAGACAGCGCUGCUGGAGUCCGGGUUUAUUCCAGAUGACGCGAAGUCGUUCUCGCAGCGCGUGUACAGUGUCCUCAAGGGCAACCUAGGAGUGGAGUCUCUGGACGUGCAGCUGGAGGAUGACGAUGCAGCCGAGGAACCAGCGGCCACAGAGGCCGCAACUGAUGCUGAGGCGAAGGACGAACUCUGAAUUACUUGACGGAUGCAGAUUGCAACUGUAGAGAUAAGGCGCAAGGCCGUCUAGGCACAGGUCCUUCGUGCCCUUUCGGCCGGUCGUCGUGGAGUGGCUGGGCGUGCAAAGCAUUUGACUGCAUUUUUUUUAGUGACAUGACGAUAUUGGGCAUGAGCGCGAGCGUUUCUUGGUUUUACACCGCCAUUUGAUGUGACCCCAGAGAGAGCGACGAGUGACUUGGCAGCAACUUCGCUGGUUGCCUAGGCCAGCUUUUGUUGUGCAUAGACCGCAGGAUUGCUCGGGGAGCAAUACCGGAACCGUUUUCGGACAGUGCAGAACUGAUGGCAAGGGAAGUGCGCUGCUUGAGUUUGUGGCGGUUAGGGUGGUAACGUUCGUACAUAUGUGAGCGACCUGAACAUAGGCAGUUGGGUACCUUCGGAUCAGUUGACACUUGGGACUACAGUGUCAGCCUUCGUGUAACGAAACUGAGCACU